AGCAUCGUCCCAAUUCGGUCUCUCGAUCCUCGCUAUGCUCCCGCAGUUGGAUCAACUUGAAUAGGAUGUUGCUUUACCACAAUUACUCCAGCGCCAGUUUCACGGUGGCGGGAACCGGCAGCGGAGGAGGAGAGGAACGGGUGGCUUUGGACGAGUCGGUGUACGAGGCGGAGAGGUUGCGGCUGGACACGUUGGCGCGCCAAUCGAUGGCCGAAGCUUCGGCGACGGAGAUGAUGGAAGCCGAUGGCGGGGAGGCGGAGGAUCCGAAAGCUUAGAAGUGGAUAAUCCGGAAGCGGGUCUGGGAUUUGAUGGAGGCCUGGAACUUCGCUCGGAAUCCCCGACCCGUUCACCACCGGAUCCCCAAUUUCGUCGGAGCUUCGACAGCCGCUCAAAAGCUGGGCGAGUUAGAAGAGUUCCAAAGGGCAAGCUGUGUUAAGGUAAAUC